AUGGGGAAGACCUUCGAAGGCAUACAUGCCUGCUCGAUAGGCCGAUUCAAGGACGGGAACGGCGAGAAGAUUCCUCAGUGGAUCCGGAGCAACGGCGGACAAUACUCGAGAGAGAUGCACACCGGCGUGACGCACUUGAUCACGACUAAGGAGGCUUUUCUCAAGGAUGCGUCAGCCGUUUUGGAAGCCAAGGGUCUCAAGAAGGUCAAGAUCGUCUCGUUCGAUUGGCUGGAAGACUCAUUACUUAGCAAAUCCAGGCGGCCCAAGCAUGAGGGCCCGUAUCUACUGGAGAAUAUCUUGAGGGCGGAAAAGAUUCAGAAGGGCAAGAGGAAGGCGGAUCAGCUUCAAAACCAAACCAAACGUCCCAAAGUCGACCCGUUUGCUGUCAACAAGAAAGGUGCUUCGAAGAUCAAGAGUCACCCCUACAUGGAUUCAGCCACGGGGGAGUCCUGGCAAGCAACUCUCCUUCGUCAAGGUCCACCGCCACAGUCCACGGAGAAAUAUCUGAUACAGAUCUUCGAGACCGACACCAAGCCACACACGUACUCGACGUACGUCAAGUACUCUCGAACCGGUACUUCCAGAGUGGAACUUCUGGCUCCUCCGAAAAGCAAUCUGGACAUCGCCACGACUACAUUCAAGAUGUUCUUUAGGACUCAGGCAGGCAAAGAAUGGGAAGAAAGAGAGAAUGGCAUCAUGCCGCCGCCCAAAACGGACUCCGAGGACAACGUGGUGCCUUUACAUCAGGGCUGGUACCACUUGGAGACGAGGGGUUCCAUGCUCAUGAAAUGGCUUAUGAAGCCGGUUGCUCUUCAGGCAGAUGUUCAGCCAGGUGGUGAUGGGUCGGCUUCGCAGGACGGCCAAGGGAUUGUCUUGAUGGAGGAUUCACGGUCAGAGAGCAGCGACGAAGAGCAGGAAUCGAUCUACGGCUACUGCUGUGAGGAUGGGGAUGGAGAAAUGGAGUUUGAUGAUGCGAACGGCAUGUCUUUGGACAAUACCAUUUAG